AUGAGGAAAUACAAAAAACUGCCAGAGACAUCCAGCGAUGAUAAUUUUGUGAAAGAUAUACUCAAUGAAAAUAUUCUUGGACCUGAAAAACCAGGUCGUCUUCGAACUUAUGGGGUAGGUGCGACUCCAAAAGACGUGUAUAGGAUGUCAGAUAACAUGAAUGCUGGACAAAAGAAAGCAUUUGAGGAUGCAGUGAAUGAGAAAGUGGAAAUCAUACGUGGUGAACUACGAGAAGAAAUGAAUUCGAAAUUGGCAGAUUUUAAGGAGGAGUUGAUUGCUCAAUUUGAAGCAAGAAUGAGGGCAUCCACAUGUGACUUGGCAUCACUCCAAAGAAGAGAAAUGAAUGCAGCAAAACAAUCUCAAAUUUCGGACUCAUUAGAGGUUGGUGAUAGAAUGAACAGGGAAGUUGGAACAAAUGAUGCUGAAAUGUACAAGGAAGUUGGAACAAAUGAUGCUGAAAUAAACAAGUGUGAAAUGAAUAAAAAAGUUUCUUCAAUUGCUGAUAUUCUUGAGGUAUAG